AUGUUGUCAGACUGCUUACUGAACAACUUCAGAAUAACGUCCCAGAUAGGGUCAGGUGCAUAUGGACUUGUGUUCCAUGUGGUGGACAUACUGACCAACCGUGAAUAUGCAGUGAAAACCGUCUUCAAGUCUUCCUCGAUGGAUGAGUUUUAUAACAAGAACGGCUUAAAUAACAACUCUCAAGUAGCACGAACCACUCUUCUACAAACACAGCUGUAUCACUUUUUCAAAAGUUUCCAAAAGAAGUUGUUUUUGCCUUUGGUUGAUCUAGAUUCGAUAUUACAGUUGACAGAAAACGAAUUAAAUAGGCUACCACACUACAGGGAGAUUGCGUUUCAGUUGAAAGUGCAGUCGCACGGAAAUAUCGUGAAGAUUCACCAAGUUUUGGAAUCGUCCAUUGCCACCUUCAUAGUGAUGGAUUAUUACGACAGAGACCUUUUCACGUCGAUAGUAGACCAUAAGCAUUUUAUAAAUGAUGGGGUUUUGAUCAAGAAAGUUUUUCUACAACUUUGUUCAGCGCUGGACCACUGUCAUCGUCUCGGUAUAUAUCAUUGCGAUAUCAAGCCAGAAAACGUUCUACUAGAUCGCAACGAUAACGCUUAUUUAUGCGAUUUCGGGCUUUCCACUAAAUCCAAGUAUUUGGCUCCAAAUGUGUGUGUUGGAAGUUCAUACUACAUGGCUCCAGAAAGAAUACUGUAUUGUUUGAAUACCACAACCAAUGGCAUACAUGUCGACGAGUGCUGCUCAAGCCUCCCCACGGAUACAGGGGACAUAUGGUCCUUAGGCAUCAUUCUCAUCAAUCUAACUUGUAUCAGAAAUCCAUGGCUGAAAGCUCAUCAGAAGGAGGAUAACACGUUUCAUCAUUUUGCAAAUGAUAACAACGUCUUGAAGAAAAUACUGCCUCUAUCGAAUGAACUGUUCGCCGUGUUAACGAAGAUUUUACAGUUGAAUCCUUACACAAGAAUUGAUAUGAAAACAUUGAUGUCCGAAGUUUCCUCUCUUACUUCCUUUACCAAAGAAGGCCCCUUAUCUCAAGUUCCAAUUUUAUCUAGUGAAGUGUAUAUGACGCAUAUCAUAAGGAAUGAGAAUCUAUUUUUGGAUGAUUUAUCACAUUUCGCUGCAGACCAAGAACAAGACCAAGAACAAGAGCAAGUACAAGAGCAAGUGCCAGAGGAAGAGCAGGAGCAAGAAGAAGACGUUGAACCGGAAAGUGAUAUUCCAUCAACUUAUAAUAGUGACGGAAGUAUGGAAAAGUAUGAAUACACUAACAACCACAACAACAAUACUUUUUUAAGUUCGUCAAUGGACAGUACACCCUACCAAUCCGAUAUUGAUGACGUUGGUGCUUUCAAGGACUGUAAGCUCCAGCAGGAUACUUUGAGAAAUAGACUAUUAUGCUUACAAAUGAAUUUUUCCACUUUCACAGAUGGCCCAAACGAGAAAUGGUUACCAGAUUAUUGA